CAGCAGGACUGAAAAAAAAGAGCCCGGAGCGCUGGCCCAAAUAGCCCCAGAGGCGCCUCACGCGCAGCCCCACGUGCGACCCCGCACGCGCACAAAGCAGAGCCGUACAGCUUACGCCCCCGCGCCGGCUGCCCCCAGCCGAAUGGCAAGGACAAUGCAGCGCCACGAUAGACGACGAUAGCGAUGCGCCGACGCCUCCUCCUCCUUGGCUACGUCGCGACGGCCACGGGCGCGAUGCGCCGACGCCUCCUUCUCCUUGCUUACGUCACGACGGCCGCGGGCGCCGGGAAGCGCUGCCCCGCGCCGCCGCCCGGUGGCCCCGCGGGAUCGUGCCCGGCGCCCGUCGACAAUGCAAACAAUAAAAACUGCGCGGCCACUUCCUGUCCCGCGCCGCCGCCCGACCGGUUCAAGGGCAAGAAGAAGGUGAAAGUCGGCACCUUCGACCCGACGGACAUCCCGGAACCGCCGCGACGGCCGCUGCGCUUUUUGAAAUUGGCGGACGAGGACGAUGAGGAGCUGGAGCUGCGGCUGGCCGCGGCGGAAGGGAGAGCGGACGCCCAGUACAACUUGGGCACCAUGUUCGACGGCCAGGGGGCGACGUCGGAUCCCCAGGAAGCCGCGCGGAAUUACCGGGAGGCGGCGAACCAGGGCCACGCGUCGGCGCAGUUCAACCUCGGGAACAUGUACCGCAAGGGGUUAGGUGUUGAGAAGUCGUACGUCGAGGCCGCGCGCCUCUACAAAGCUGCUGGUGCGUCGAAACAUAAGAAGGCCCAGGCGAACCUGGACCAUUUGUUACAAAAAGGUUAUGUGACCGAAGAAGAGUUGGAAGUGCCUGACGUCGAUGAGGAGUCAAAACCCUACGCUUAUGUUUAUUUGGCGGUCAUGGCGCUGCUGCUGCUCGUGAUUCCCUCUCGCAUUCUCAAAAGGUAUAGGGACGCCGUCGCGGCGCUCGAAGCUUUGGAGAAGGAGGAGUCGCCGCCGCCGCCGAAGUCGCCUCCCCGAAAAGCGGCGACGCCUCCGGCCAAGUCGCCCGCGCGGAAGCGCGUCACCUGGAGCGACGUGAAGCAGGGGCGGGGGUAAGUUCCGUUCUCUA